GGGAGGCGAACAAAACUCGCACGAGGACCUGUUCUGGGCACAUACUGUGAAACGUGCAUCAUCAUCAUCAUCAUCACCUCCAUCAUCAUCAUCAUCAUCGGCGAUGGAGAGCAUGAGAUAGGCCAAACAAACAAAAACAAUAACAAUAACAGCAACAAUAACGCCGCCAUAGUAUAAUAUAGUUGCACGGAGUCUCUUCGCCUUUGUUCACUUGGCUCCUGCACGCGCGCAGCGUCUUCUCCUGCUCUGUCCUCCAAGGGGACACUUUUUCUUCUUCCUCUUCUUCUUCUCAAUGACAAGCAUCCGGUCAGCGUAGCCUCCAUCCCGAAACGUCUCGAGCACGCGUGGGUUUGUUUCUCAGCUCUGUGCGGCACAGGAUUGGGUUAAAGGGACACGCGGAGACAUGGGGACACGGUGCUUGCCGUGGAGUCUGACUUGCACGCCGCAUGCACAGUCCGCGCGCGCCACCGUGCACGCAGUUUGAGCGACUGCUUUGUCUCGCGCUUCGUUCUCGCGACCCCGGGAUGGUGGUGUCAGUGCUGUGAGAGACAGACGGGACCCACAGAGACCGGACCGGACCGGACCAGAGAGAGAGAGAGAGAGAGAGACGGGUCGAAGGGAGACAUAGCCAAUUGAUAAGAAGGGAUUAUGGCGCUCGCCGCGCUCGCGCUCUUGCUGCUCGCGCUCACCUGCGCGAACUUUUACCUGGCGCGCGCGAGCCGGCACGCGGUGCACUGGAACAGCUCCAACAUCCAUCUACGGAGGGAAGGCUACACGCUAAAGGUGAACGUGAAUGAUUACCUGGACAUCUACUGUCCUCACUACAACGUGAGCCAGCGGGGAGUGGCUGAGCAGUAUGUGCUCUACAUGGUGAGCUACCGCGGCUAUCGCACUUGCGACCCUCAGCUCGGCUUCAAGCGCUGGGAGUGCAACCGGCCACACGCGCCGCAUGCGCCCAUCAAAUUCUCAGAGAAGUUCCAGCGCUACAGCGCCUUCUCGCUCGGCUAUGAGUUCCACGUGGGCCAUGAGUAUUACUAUAUCUCCACGCCCACUCAUCACCAUGGCCGAAGCUGCCUGAGACUGAGAGUAUACGUCUGCUGCUCAACAGAUGAUGAAGAACAGCCUACAGAGCCAGACUACACUUUAAGACCUAACAUGAAAAUCGAUGACCUCGAUGAUUAUGACAACCCUGAGGUCCCGAAACUGGAGAAGAGCAUCAGUGGCAGCAGUCCAUCCAGGGACCAUCUCCUCCUCACCGUGGCCACACUCUUCCUCAUUGCACUCUCCAUCUCCUAGCACUCACCUCCAGAAUGUCAUCAUGCCACUGAGGCCUGGAGGACAGCAGGGGUGGGAUAUUAGAGAUAGGAGAAGAAGAUGAUUUUGAAGGACAAACAUUUCAAAACAGGAGAGGAAAGGAACAGCGGGAAUAGGACUAGCGGGAUGCGAUGGCCUUCUUCUGUCCAACAGUGGAACAUGAACCUGGACUUUAUAAUGACAACUUUGCCAAUCAGCUCGAGCCAUACUGUCAGACAGUGUGUCUGUGUGUGUGUGUGUGUGUGUGUGUGUGUGUGUGUGAGAGAGAGAGUGAGAGAAGCUGAAUGAGUGUUCACACACAUACUGUUUGCAAAUCAUUCAAGCGAAAACCUCCACUCAGUCUAAUUAGUUACUUUAUGAACUAAUGAAUGGCCGCUUAGCGAUUAAGUUGAAUUGAUGCUCAAGAUGAAUGAUGGAUUAACAUUCAAGUCACUGUGGAUCAUUAGCAGCAGAAAAAAAUGUUUAUGUGGAAUAAUAAUGCUGAGGUAAAUGACACGGGCAGCACCUAAAGAGCUUCAUUCUCAAUUCAGUUCACUCUCUCUCUCUCUCUCCACAGUAAACCUACAGGAUUAUCACGUUUACAAACGCAUCAGAAAUAGGAUUGCCAAAUGCCCUCCUUACGCUGAUGGAUUUACACAGUUACACUUACAGAACUGCUUUCAGUCGGAAAUCUCAGUGUAGCUGUCAGGAGACAAAGGUAGCUUUCGUGUUUCCCAAAUUACAACAUCAUUUUUCCCAUUUUCAGAUUGUUCAGAUUAUUUUGGAGCAAACAAAAUAUCACGCUUCAUUUACAUAUAUAUCUCACCGGCCACUUUAAUAGGAGCUUGUUCUUGAUUCUAAGAUUCCUGUUCUUGGCUGCAGAAGUGGAACCCAAUGUGGUCUUCUGCUGUUGCAUACUGAGAUGCUUUUCUGCUCACCAUGGUUGUAAAGAGUUGCUUUGAGUUACUAUAUCCUUCCUGGCAGCUCGAACCAAUCUGGCCAUUUUCCUCUGACCUCUCUCAUCAACAAUGCGUUUGUUUCCACCCACAGAACUGUCGCUCACUCAACGUUUUUUGAUUGUCACACCAUUCUGUGUAAACUCUAGAGACUGUUGUGUGUGAAAACCCCAGGAGAUCAGCAGUUUCUGAAACACUCAAACCAGUCCAUCUGGCUCAAACCAACCCCCAUGCCACAGUGAAAGUCACACGUUUGAGAUCACAAUUUUUCCCAUUCUGGUGGUUUGAAGUGAACAUUAACUGAAGCUCUUGAUUUGUAUCUGUGUGAUUUUAUGCAUCGUGCUGCUGUCAAGGGAUUGGCUAACUAGACAACUGCGUAAAACAGCAGGUGGAUGGGUGUUCCUAUUAAAGUGGCUGGUGAGUGUAUAUACAGUAUAUGGAUAUAUAGAUAUAUAUUCCACUAUUUGUGAUUUCUGUCCAAAUUCGUUGCUAUUCUGUUAAAAUGAUGGAAACCAUAGAGACAGAAUAUCCGUGUCCUAACUGCCACUGAGCUGAUUGCUUCAAAAUAUUUUACUGAUGAAGUUAUAAAUAUUUCAGAACUGUUUCUCCUUCAUUCAUUUAUUCAUUUUCUUAACAAGACUUGAACUUUGGAGCCAUACUGUUUUCUUAAUAAGGGAAAAUACACCACAUGGACCUUGGCAAUCAGUGUGUGUGUGUGUGUGUGCGCUUCGAGCUGAAUUUGGUGCCUGUAGAAACAGUAGCGUAAGCUGGUGAUACUGAAAUGCUCUGCUUUUCUCCACUGGACUGCAUUCUUUUCUAUACCAAGGCUUUUUCUUCAUGGACAAAUAUGUUUAACUGGAGGACACAUGUGGAAAACUUAUGUACAUAAACACAAACAUAUGAUGGAUCAUUGGAUUUUUCUCUGCACCGGUUCUUACAGGACCAGGAGAGCCCUGGAGCUGAAAAGCGGUUCAAAACCGGUUCAGAGGAGUCUCGUCUCUCCACUGCUUCUUUCUCAGCUUCAUCGAAUCCUAUCAGUAGUUGCCACUAUAAACUGGAAUGCAGUGGUUGUCUUUUUAAAGUUCAGCUCACACCCAGCUUGUGAAAAGAGCAUUAGAUGUUUGGGAAUAAAGAUAACGAACGACAUCGAGGACUUGGCACGUGUCACAUGCAGUUUAGCUAUCGUACAUGCAAAUAAGUGCUUUGGGUUUCCGUGUUCUGUGGGGAUUUUCCACAGAGCGACGUUCUUCUUACAACAUUUGUUCUCUUUUUACAUCUCGACGAGCACCUUAAACCCAGGCCGAGCUCCCAACGCUCCAGCUCAGCAGAACAGGCUUUCGCAGUCGAGGAUUUCGCCUACGGGAUCAUGAACAUUCCUAAGAUUAUAGAUUUAGUAGGUUUAAGUUAACAUGCUAAAUGAAAUCUAAUGAGUAUGUGUAACUCGCGAGGUACUGUAGGACGAGUUUGAUAUAGCAUUUGAAGCCAAAUGAGUUUUUCGAUUAGCUUUAGAUUAGCGGGAACUCAUAGAUGUCCACUCUGUACAUUCUGCUAAUGUGGUUACCAUGGUAACAUGCUGUCGUAGAGCAACGAGUAAAAUGCUAAUGACUUGAAUGCUCAGUAUGACGUGGGACCCAGAUCAUUUUUACCAACUUUGCUUUGACUUCUACGUCGAUUUUUCUUGUUGUGUAUUUUAAGGCUAAUGUAUUGGGCUCGGGUUCAUUCGGGAAACGUGUGUGUUCUGGUCGGGGUCGUUACUUUUACUGCGGGUGGGGGAUUUAAGAAGAGCUGAUGGAGCAAAUGAUGAAAAAGUAUCAACUGUUGCACUUCAAAACUUAGACACGAGUUUGUGUGUGUGUGCGUGUCCUUGUUUGAGCGGCUGUGUAAAUGGUCAAAUAAUUGAAAGACAUUGUGUUUCUUUAUACUGAUCAACGUGUGUGUGUGUGUGUGUGUGUGUGUGUGUGUGUGUGUGUGUGUGUGUGUUGCUUGAUUGUAUGUUUUCGCUGCGCAUGUGUGCAAGAGAGUCUGGGUCGUUUAGAAGAAACAACAAAAGCAUUUAUUAGUGUUGGAAACAACCAUUUAAAAUCAUGUUUACCUUCGACUGGAAUGAAUUUAAAGAACUUGAAAAACAAAUAAAGUGUA